AAUGUCAUCCUUCUCUCUCUUCUCCUCGCCGCAACCGCAACCGCAGCCCCAAUCCUCCCUCUUCCAAUCCCCAUCCCCCUUCCAACAACAACAAUCCCCAAGCCCCUUUCAGCAGCAACAACAACAACAACAACAACAACAAUCCACAAACCCCUUCCAGCAGCAAACCCCGAGCCUUUUUCAGCAAACUCAGCAGUCCCCGAGCCCCUUUCAGCAAUCCCCCUCCUUAUUCUCUCAACCCCAGCAGCAGCCGUCGCCGUUUCAGCCCCAGCAGCAGUUUCAGACUCAGUCGCAGGCGCCGCCGCCGCAGCAUCAGUUUUUGUUUACUAAUGACAAGACUCCGGCGAGCUACGGCACCAAGUGGGCUGACUUGCACCCCGAUUCGCAGAAGAUUCUGCUCCAGAUUGAGGAGCACAUACUGGGAUAUAGGGAUGAGAGCCAGAGGCUGGAUCAGUCUAGUCGCCUCUAUGAUUCGUCGGUUUCCAAUGAUGGGUUUGAGCAGGAUGCAAGUCGUAUCGUUCAGGAGCUGGGGGGAAUCGGUACUUCCAUGGACAGACAAAAAGCUCUGCUGCACAAGUUGAUGGCCACUGUGAAAGAGAUGUUACGGAACAGCGAGAUUGCUGUUCGUUCUUUUAUGAUGCUACGUCCAAGGUUUCUUCGUCCAAAUGCAGGAGGUACUUCAAAUGGCACUACACCGUCACAGGCACCUGGAUCGACAGUAACACCUAGUUUAACCAGUCAACCAACAGCUACUUCUGUAGUUCCAGUUUUUGACUUCUAUAAUGGAGUUCCAAGGAAACCAUCCCCCUUCUUACAGCACACAAUUGCAAGAUUUGAGAAGUAUCUUGGUGAGUGCCGCCAAUGGAUUGAAGAAAUAGAGCAGCUCCUUUUAAAUUCGGAGAGGAGCUCUACCAAUGAUGGAUCCUCAUUGUUGCAAUCUCUUCCAAAAGUCAUGUCAAAUGUGCACGACUUUUUUGUUCACGUGGCUGCUAAGGUGGAGAGUAUUCAUCAGUACAUUGUAUCAAUGAAAGCUGCUUAUCUUGCCAACCAGCGUCGCUUAGGGGAAUUGAAUGACCCAUUUCUUGAGGCUGAUAGGCGGGAAACAGCAAGGCAAGAAGCUGCUGCUAAGAGAGUGCAUCCUACCUUGCAUUUACCUGCAAUCUCACAACCAUCAACACAAGUAGCUGGAUUGUUAACUAGCUCUGGAACACAAGCAGCAUCAACGGCUCCACAGACAUCUGCAGCUACUGCAGCAUCUUCAUCUGGGAGUGGAUUGUCGCUCUUCAGUACACCUUCUGCUCCAUCUUCUUCUUCCAUGGCUUCAACUUUGUUUGCAACACCAACCACUCCUGCACCAGUAUCAAAUCUUUUUGGACCAUCAUCUGCUACACCGCAGGCAUCAACUGCUCCUCUCCUAGGCAGUACUUCUCAGCCCUUGGGUUCUACUACUCCUGUGGGAGGUUCAUUAUUUUCUACUCCAUUUGCUUCCGGUCCUGCAACAUCAUUUGGGUCUAGUUUUGGGGCAACGAAAUCAACAAAGCCGAAAACUCGGUCUGGCAGGCGUUAGUUGCAGGGGUUUCACUGUUUCAGGCUGCUAUAUCUGGAGCACUGCUGUCAUUUUCAGAAAGUAUGUGUGCUUUCAAGUGUUGAGGAGCGUUGUCUUUGCUCUAUAGCUUCUUGUGCUGUGAUGUUAAUUGAUCUCCCAGAGUUAUCCACCGAAUCUUUACUGCCUCAGGGCAAAAGUGUAUGCUGCAAUGAGAUGCCGAAACAACCAUGUCCGUGUAACAUUAGUAUAGGAUUUAGGUCAGAUUUUUUUGAAUGUGUUCACACUAGAAAAAGAGUAGUCCAUUUGUCGAAACAUCUGAAGCUUCAAAUAAAAAUGUCAAAAGUUUUUCCAUGGGAGGAUGAUUGGUCUGGAUCUUGAUCGUUGAGUUGUGCUAGUCAUGUACUGAUACUUACUAGAGUAACUUCGAACUCAUGAAAACUAUGUUAUGUUCAGCUGAUAUGACCUUUGUGUGC